ACCAACGAGCUAUUCGCAAAAAUUCAACCAUGUUGUUGAAUUUGCAAAUAAUUCCUUGAGUAUGUAGUUGCCCUCUUGAGUCACAAUUAAGUGGGGGCCUCUUCGACAAUUAGCCUCUUCUUUCUUGAUGCCUAUUGUCCGACAUUCACACUUGUUACCAAUGUUCUAUAACAUAGAUGUGACAUUUUAUUAGAAUAAAAUUUCAUAUGUAUGUUAUAUGAACAGUUGGCAUUAGAAGUUCUGCGGUGACUCCAAAACACUCCUACUUCGUAGAAAAUGGUCCCAGCUGCAUCCCUCGUCCACCAGGUCCAUCGGAGUAUUCCUUGAUGCACUUUUCCUUGCACUCACUCACUCACUCGUGUGACUCUAAUAACGCAGUACACGAAUAAAAGAAACUAUAUAUGAGUUUCUUAUCGCGAAACUCGGCUUGGAGCGAAGAAGACCUUCAAUCUGCUAAAGCUGCGAUCGAAGAAGGGAUGUCUAAAAGAAAAGCCGCAAAACAAUUUAACAUACCAUUUACUACUUUGAGAGAUCGACUAAAAAAUGAAAAUAUGAGUAAUCCAAGACUAGGUCGUAAGCCUAUUUUCACACCACAGCAAGAAAAUGACAUUGCUGAACAAGUUAAGUUGCUGGGUUCGCUAUACUAUGGACUCAGUGUCACAGAUUUGCGUAAACACGUUUAUAAAUAUGCUGUGCUCAACAAUAUCAAAAAUAAUUUUGAUCGAAGCAGCAGAACAGCUGGAUUGGAUUGGGUACACGGUUUUAUGAGACGCAACCCUUCAGUUUCUGUACGCAAAGCUGAAGUAACUAGCUUAAAUAGGGUUUCUGCUUUCAACAAAAAGGAAAUAACGCAUUUCUACGACAAACUUGGUGAGUUAAUAGAAAAACAUAAGUUCCUUCCAAACAACAUUUACAAUGCAAACGAGACUGGUAUCACCAAGGUGACAGACCCAGGAAAGGUGCUGGCCAAAAAAGACAAAAAAGAGUCGGAUCUGUUACAAGUGGCGAACAAGGAAGCAAUAUAACCAUUACCCCUUAGCCUGAGCGGCAUUACCCAAAGUUAGGGGCAAUGGCGCUCAAGCCUGUUUUUUUUAUAAUGAUUUCCUAAUUGGGAUCUCUGGCAGGGGCGUGGCUUACCUUAGCGGCAAAAAUAUGAACUAGAGAUUGGAGGAUGCUGUGCAUUACU